UGAAAUAUUUUCGCGCCAUUUCUAUAUAUGCUCUCAGCAUUUAUCAGUUAUCAAUAUUUAUCAAAAUAUUCGUAUUUAAUAAGUCAUUUGAGAUAUAAUAAAAUAAAAUGAAUAAAAGACAAUUUUCAACAUCUUCUACUGCAAAAAAGGCAAAAUAUCGUAAUAGAGAUGAAGAUGACGAUGAUUAUCCUGGUUCAUUUGAAGCAGAAUUGGCUACUAUGGAUGAAAUGGAAGAUGAAUUUGGAAAUACUAUAUCCCAAGUUAUUGAAGAGCCAAUUCCUGUGCAAUUAAAUAAAACAUCAAAAGCAGGUCCUGAACAAGAAAAUACAUCUUCAAAAUGGAGUAGGCCUCCACCUCCAGAGUUAAAUCCACAGAAAGACGCAUUAAUUUUUCAACAAAUAGAAAUUGAUCAUUAUAGUGGUAUACCAUUACCUGGAAUGCCAGGUAGUAAUAUGCCUCCUGUACCAAUAAUGAGAAUGUUUGGUGUUACAGAAUUAGGAAAUUCAGUUUGUUGUCAUGUACAUGGUUUUAGUCCUUAUUUAUAUGUUAUAGCACCAACAAAUUUUAAUGAUCAUCAUUGUAAAUUAUUUAAGGAGGCUUUAGAUAAAGCAAUAUUAAAAGAUAUGAGAUCCAAUCCAGAAAACAUUCAGAUAGCUGUAUUAGCUGUUGAACGAGUAUUUAAACAAAAUAUGUAUGGAUAUACAGGAGAUGAGAAAUCAUUAUUUUUAAAAAUUACAUUAGCACUUCCAAGAUUAGUAUCACGUUGUAAGAAAAUAGUUGAAGAAGAGACUAUUUUAUCUGAAUUUAAGCAUCAAUAUACUGCUUUUGAAAGCAAUAUUGAUUUUGAUAUUAGAUUUAUGGUUGAUACAUCAGUAGUUGGAUGUUCAUGGAUUGAAUUACCACCUAAAACUUGGAAACUUCGACAACAUUUUGGACACAAUUUACCAUUAACUGCAAGAUGUCAGUUAGAAGUUGAUGUUGCAUGGGAUACUUUUAUUGCACAUGCUCCACAAGGAGAAUGGUCAAAAAUUGCUCCAUUUAGAAUUCUUAGUUUUGAUAUUGAAUGUGCAGGACGCAAAGGUAUAUUUCCCGAACCAAAUCAUGAUCCAGUGAUACAAAUUGCUAAUAUGGUAAUAAAACAAGGAGAAUCAGAACCAUUUUUACGAAAUAUUUUUACCCUUGACACUUGUGCACCAAUUGUUGGUUGUCAAGUUUUAAGUUUUGAAACAGAACAUAAAAUGUUAGAAAAAUGGGCUGAUUUUGUGAGGCAAUUAGAUCCUGAUAUUUUUACAGGAUAUAACAUAAAUAAUUUUGAUUUUCCUUAUUUAAUUAAUCGAGCAAAUCAUCUUAAUGUACGAGAUUUCUAUUUUCUUGGUCGAAUAAAAAAUAUAAAAUCUGUAAUUAAAACUCAAGUACUUCAAAGCAAACAAAUGGGUCGUCGUGAAAAUAAAUCUAUUAAUUUUGAAGGAAGAGUUCCAUUUGAUUUAUUGCUGGUAUUGGUUAGAGAUUAUAAAUUAAGAUCUUAUACUUUAAAUGCUGUCUCUUAUCAUUUUUUACAAGAACAAAAAGAAGAUGUUCAUCAUAGUAUUAUCACAGAUUUACAAAAUGGUAAUGCACAAACACGUCGAAGACUUGCUGUUUAUUGUUUGAAGGAUGCCUAUUUACCACUUAGAUUGUUGGAUAAGUUAAUGUGUAUUUUCAUUUAUAUGGAAAUGGCAAGAGUUACUGGAGUUUCCAUAUCUAGUUUAUUAACACGAGGUCAACAAAUUAAAGUUGUUUCACAGUUAUUGAGAAAGACUCGAGAAAAAGACUAUUUAAUGCCAGUGCAUCGAGUUCAAGCUAGUGAUGAACAAUUUGAAGGAGCAACAGUUAUAGAACCAAAACGUGGAUAUUAUAAUGAUCCUAUUGCAACUUUAGAUUUUAGCUCUCUAUAUCCUAGUAUUAUUAUGGCUCACAAUUUAUGUUACACAACAUUGAUAAAAUACGACAAGCAGGCUAAAAACAAUAUUCAAUCAGAUAAUAUUACUAUAACUCCUAAUGAUUCGAAAUUUGUCAAAGUUAACAUCAGAAAAGGAAUUCUUCCAGAAAUUUUAGAAAAUCUUUUGUCAGCUAGAAAAGCGGCAAAAGCUGAACUAAAAAAAGAAACUGAUCCAUUGAAACAAAAAGUUUUAGAUGGUAGACAAUAUGCUUUAAAAGUAUCUGCUAAUUCUGUGUAUGGUUUUACUGGAGCACAAAUGGGAAAACUACCAUGUUUGGAAAUAUCUGCAAGUGUCACUGCAUAUGGACGUAAUAUGAUAGAACAAACAAAACAGGAAGUAGAAGAACAAUACUGCAUUUCCAAAGGAUAUAAAAAUAAUGCAAUGGUCGUAUACGGUGAUACUGAUUCUGUUAUGAUUAAAUUUGGUGUGAAAACGGUAGAAGAAGCUAUGGAACUUGGUAGAGAAGCAGCGGAAUACGUAUCCUCAAAAUUUUUAAAGCCAAUAAAACUGGAAUUUGAAAAAGUAUAUUUUCCAUAUUUGUUAAUUAAUAAAAAACGUUACGCCGGUCUAUAUUUUACUCGUCCAGACAAAUAUGAUAAAAUGGAUUGCAAAGGUCUAGAAACUGUACGAAGAGAUAAUUGUCCAUUAGUAGCAAAUAUGAUGAAUACUUGUUUACAAAAAUUACUUAUUGACAGAAAUCCCAGUGAUGCUAUGAAUUAUGCAAAACAAAUUAUAAGUGACCUUUUAUGUAAUCGUAUAGAUAUUUCUCAGUUAGUAAUUACAAAAGAAUUAACUAAAACGGAUUAUGCAGCUAAACAAGCACAUGUUGAAUUAGCAGCAAAAAUGAAAAAACGAGAUGCUGGAAAUGCACCAAAACUUGGUGAUAGAGUACCAUAUGUUUUUAUACGAGCAGCCAAAGGCACACCAGCUUAUCAAAAAGCAGAAGAUCCAAUUUAUGUCUUAGAAAAUAACAUUCCUAUAGAUACAAAUUAUUAUUUAGAAAAUCAAUUAGCUAAACCACUAGUACGUAUUUUUGAACCAAUCCUUGGUGAAAAAGCUGAAUCACUUUUAUUGAAAGGAGAUCAUACACGUACAAAAUCUGUUGCUACAUCAAAAGUUGGUGCUUUGUCUGCAUUCACACGUAAAAAAGAAGUAUGCUUAGGUUGCAAAGCCGUUCUUGUACCGGAAAGAGAGAAAAUGGCAUUAUGUAAAUAUUGCGAACCAAAAGAAGCAGAAUUAUAUCAAAAUGAAUUGUAUCAUGGUAGAAAAUUAGAAGAAAGGUUUUGUAGAUUAUGGACAGAAUGUCAAAGAUGCCAGGGAAGUCUUCAUCAAGAAGUAUUAUGCACAAAUCGUGAUUGCCCAAUAUUUUAUAUGAGAAAGAAAGUUCAAAUGGAACUAGAUAAGCAAAUGAAACAAAUUGAAAGAUUUGGAAUUCCAUCAUGGUAAUAUCAAUAAAUAAGUAAACAUGAUAGAUGUUUUGAAAAUUUGGAACGUUCUAUUUUUAAGAGCAUCUAAUCCAAGAGCCUGAUGAACUUCUGCUACACUUAAACAUCCUGCCAUAUCUUGCUUAUUUGCCAAAACCACUAAAAUGGCACCUUGCAGUUCUUCUUCCUGAACAUAUACAAAUAUUAUAUAUACA